GAAAUAGAAGACUUCUUAGCCAAUGACUGCGCCUGUGCCAAUGGCUAUAUCUUCAGUACAAACAAUCUUUUAGUCAUUCAGCCUGAUCAACGACAAACAGAUACUUCUUCGCUACUUCGUUGCUACUUCUUCGCUUAAAACAACAGAGAAUAUGAGCAGUUUAGUGUUUAUACUGGAGAAGAGUUCAAGCAGAUCACAACUGAAAUUAACUAAUAGUGAUAAAAUGAUCGAGAAUAAGUGUAGGCGCUUAAGACCCAUCAACACCUUACAGCAGAUCCCUGCAGGUGUUGGUGGGUUUCUUCCAACCCCCCCACUUGGGAAACGACCUGUCCCACCACCCACCCUCAAGAGACGACUUGGGUGCAGGGUGUGUGGAUCCACUCCGGUUCUGGAUUUGCCACCACCAACAAAUCCAAUCAGGACGUCCAAAGGCGAGAGCCUGCCUCCACUGCAACGGCCCCCACGUGUCCGGGUUCCACAGCAGGAGGAACGCUCCUUUCAACGGCGGGAAUAUGACAACCGAUCGUUUCUUCAGAAGGCAGAAGCAGAGGUUCAGUGUUUGAAGAUAGCCAUUCGGGAUGAUGACAACGCUCUCAGUCCAGUCAAUAAGAGAUUCCUAGAGCUGGAAAAUAAAAUCAAUGAUCUCCAGAAACAUUCACGGAUACUGGAGAGGUAUCAGAACAGCAUCCCAUAUGAGAUAAGGCGAUACUUUAAGGGCCUCUAUGCAGAUGAUGAGCAGAGACUGAGAAAACAAGAGUCAGACUCGACAGCUGAGCGCCUGAAGGAAACCUCAAGGGACAUCACGAGAAACAUAGAGGAGUUGGAACGGGUGAAGGUGAAAAGAAAUUUCCUUCUCGACAAGAGGGAAAAGCACAAGAAAUCACUGAAGGAAAUCAAUGAACGUAUAAGACCGGCUCAGGAGGCUCGAAAGGCCGUGCUCAAACGUAUCAGAGACUCAGUGAACUAAAACCUGUCCACUUCUGGAUACCAGUAACCUACUAGCAAACUAGCAUAUCGCAUUUGUAAAGUGUGCUGGCUUGUUACUAGGUUACUACGGUAAGUAUACAGUAAGGGUUGCUAGGUUGUUGUGGACUUUAGCUGAUUUCUAGGGUGUUUAAAUCGUUUGUUCGCCUUCAGUCGGUCUCUCGACGUUG